AUGUCGAAGGCUGUUGUGAAAACCACCUUCGAGGCGUCUCGGACGCUCCGUCCCAUCUACACCGGUGGCAGUACAGCGCUGGAUGCCAGCGGUCGCAUUUUGCUGUCUUGCAUCGGCGAGGAUGCCUUGAUCGUGGACUUGGAGACUGGUGACCAGCUCGCCAGUCUGGAAGGCGAUGGAGAAAUCAUCACAAGCUUGGCCCUCACACCCUCUGCAUCGCAUGCCAUUGUUUGCUCUCGGUCUAUGUCUAUGCGUAUUUACCGUCUUUCACCUUUCGACGAAGACUCAAAGUCAAUUGAAGCAGAGCUUCUCCGAACCCUCAAACCCCACCCUUCCCCAGUGGUCACAACUACGAUCGAUCAGACAGGCACAUUGCUAGCCACUGGCGGUGCCGAUGGGUCGAUUAAGGUCUGGGAUAUUCGGGGUGGCUUUGUUACACACACCUUCCACGACCGCGGAGUUAUCUCCGCACUCUGCUUUUUCGAGGUUUCCUCUUCUGCGGACGAGACCAAAUCCUCGAAGAAGUCCAAGCGCAAGGAUGAAGAUGAGGACAUGGAUGAUGCCACAGAUUCGACGGCUGGAUUCCGGUUGGCCUGCGGUAGUGACGAAGGCAAGGUCAAGGUCUUCGAUUUGCACAAGAGGAAGGCGGUUGCAUCGCUUGACUCGCACGUCUCCCUGGUGCGCAGCCUGUCGUUUUCGCCUUCAGAGAACGCAUUGCUGUCUGCGAGCCGAGACAAGACAGUUAUCAUCUGGGAUGCUCGUACAUGGAAAACUCGCAGAAUCAUCCCUGUUCUUGAGAGCGUGGAGGCUGCGUCUUUCAUCGCAGAGAGCGGUCUGUGCGUGAUUGGUGGUGAAAAUGGUAAACUGCGGGUAUGGGACUGCAACCGUGGUAGCGAAAUCACUGAGGAGCAAGAGGCGGGAGAGGAAUAUGAGAGCAUCGUCUCUAUCCAGUACUUGCCUGGCCUACCCUUUGUGAUGACUGUUCAUGCAGACCAGACAAUCCGUCUGCAUUCGAUUGAGCCGCUGUCAGACUAUAAGCCGGGAUCAGACUUGCCUGCUCUGACAAUCAUCCGCCGCAUCUCUGGAAAUGACGACGAGAUCAUUGACUUGGCUUUCGUUGGGCCGGAUCGGUCAAUGCUCGCUUUGGCCACCAACACCGAGAGCAUUCGCGUUGUUUCUGUUUCUCCAUCUGAAGACAGACCAUCUGAGGGUGAGCAGUUCUUUGGUGCCGAUAUCGCCCAUCUUGAGGGCCACGAAGACAUCAUCAUCGCCAUCGAUGUAGACUGGUCUGGACACUGGCUCGCAACAGCUGCGAAGGAUAAUACUGCCCGACUUUGGCGUCUUGACCCCAAAAACUCAUCAUAUACCUGCUUUGCCACCUUCACUGGACACGCCGAAUCCCUGGGAGCCGUUGCCCUGCCACGAACACCACCACAAACUAGCAGUGGUGCUUAUAAGGACCCACUUAGCCACCCGCCCGCGUUCAUGAUCACUGGUUCACAGGAUCGCACCCUGAAGCGUUGGGAUACCGGCAGGCUGAGCCCACUUAAGGCCGGAAGUGACAAGACACAUUCCCCCAAGGCAAUUUACACUAGAAAAGCACACGAAAAGGAUAUCAAUGCUCUGGACAUUGAUUCAACAGGUACCUUGUUUGCCUCUGCCUCUCAGGAUCGGACCGUAAAGAUCUGGGACGCUGAAGAGGGUACCGCGAUUGGUGUUCUGCGUGGUCACAAACGAGGUGUUUGGUCCGUAAGAUUCGCUCCUAAGGACACACCCAUUAUCAACUCUGAAGCCGGAACCAGCACAGCUCGAGGACUGAUUGCCACAGCUUCGGGUGAUAAAACCGUCAAACUAUGGUCUUUGUCUGACUACAGCUGUCUUCUUACAUUUGAAGGCCACACUGGAAGUGUCUUGAAGACCAUUUGGCUGCCACCCCCAGAGAUCUCCAAGCACAACGAUGAUAACGACGAGGAAGAGGACAAGGCCGCUAAGAACGCUAUUCAAACAAGGCCUCUUAUCGCCUCAGCAGCCGCUGACGGCUUGGUCAAGAUCUGGAGCCCGUACACUGGUGAACAAGAGACCGUGCUGGACAACCACACAGACAGAGUCUGGUCUCUUGCCAGUCCCACCCCGUCCGGCUCACGCGCCGAUGUCAAGCCCACCUCCUCCAAACUCAAAUCCCCCUAUGCCCUCGCCUCUGGUGCCGCAGAUGCAACCGUCACCAUGUGGUCCGACACCACCUCCGCCACCUACACAGCUGCCGUGAACGCCAACUCCGAGCGCGUCGAGCAAGACCAGCAGCUGCAGAACUACAUUCGCGCUGGUGCUUACCGUGAAGCCAUUACCCUGGCACUGCAGUUAAACCACCCUGGUCGUCUGCUCUCGCUCUUCACAACCGCCAUCAACGCCGCCGAUGACCUUAGUCUCCCCGAAGAAGAACGCGCACUCGCAGCAAAAAGUUUGACUGGCAACCCGUCUAUUGACGAGGUUCUCCAGUCGCUUGAUGCUGUGAAUCUGCGCACCUUGCUUCUUCGCCUGCGGGACUGGAACACUAAUGCGCGUACCUCGCGCGUUUCCCAGCGCAUUCUCUACGCUCUGUUCCGUUCGUACCCUGCUUCUACAUUCGUUGAGCUAGCGACCCAGUCCGUCCGUGGCAAGAAUGGACGUGCUGCUGCUGGAUUGAAGGAUAUUCUCGCUGCCCUGGCAGCGUACACUGAGAGGCAUUACAAGCGCGUUGAGGAGCUCACUGAUGACUCUUAUCUGGUGGAGUGGGUUUUGAGCGAGAUGGAUGACGGUGUUGGACUUGGUGGAUUGAAGAGUCUUGAUUUGAACAUGGCUGAUGCAAAUGGUGAGGAGCAAGAGAAGGAUGUGAUUAUGUUGGAAGGUUAA